AUGUUCGAUGAUUUGUCCCGGUGCGCGAGGAUCUCUCCUCCUUCUGAUGUACACCACGCUGGCCCCGUUGUUGAUGAGCUUUUGGAUGUCCGAGGUGUCGAUGAGCCCGGCGAUGCUUUCUUCCAACACCGCCUCCUUGCGCGUGGCUUUGAACACCUUUUGGAAUGGAAGAAGCCAUCAUCAGAAUGCGAGGUCACGACGAAGGAUGGACUACUGGUAAGAACUCAACUGAGGAAGAAGUAUGAAGCAGCUAAGUCAGUCUGCAAGCAGAACAGAAGCCUAAACAAAGGUGGUUUACCAUGGGUUUGUAGUGUUCUGCUCCGACUUAAGCUUCGAACCUUCGGGCUCACACGCUCAUCAGAUAUCACAGCAACUGCUGCUUGUGCUUAUGAUGCCAAAGAAGCAAACAACUCAUGGUUGAGGAUGAGAAGAAGAGAGGAGGACAAGGACAACAUGCAGAAACAGCACAGGAGCACUGCAAGAAUUAACCUUGGAUUGGAUUGAGAAGGAAGAAGACGAUGCGACGGCGAGAAGCAAUCGUUGAGCGGCGGAAGAAGCUAUUGGUUGAUGGCUCGAUAGCUUCAGAAAACUACAGUUCUUCGUCCACGUUUCAUGUUGUAUUUA